AGUGGGCUGGGGGGAGAGAGCCCGAGAGCAGGGUUCGGUGCCUUUUCCUCUGUCCCCAGCCGGUGCCCAGAGCCCCCCUCCCCUUCCUCCCCACCCCCUCCCCUCCCCAACCCUGCCCUCCCCCUUGUCCCGGGAUCGCUCCGUCGCACCCACCAUGAUGGAAGACGACGGGCAGCCCCGGACUCUACACACACAAGCUAAGACAUAUGGUUCUAUCUUCAGAAAACAAUAUGGUGUUUAGAGCCUAGAUACGUAGGUAACCUUUCCAGAGAUGUGACAGAAGUCCUUAUACUUCAGUUGUUCAGUCAGAUUGGACCCUGUAAAAGCUGUAAAAUGAUAACAGAGCAACCCGAUAGCAGAAGGGUCAACUCUUCUGUUGGAUUUUCUGUUUUGCAGCAUACAAGCAAUGACCCAUAUUGCUUUGUGGAAUUUUAUGAACACAGAGAUGCAGCUGCUGCAUUAGCUGCUAUGAAUGGGAGAAAAAUUUUGGGAAAGGAGGUCAAAGUAAACUGGGCAACCACACCAAGUAGCCAGAAAAAAGAUACUUCCAAUCACUUCCAUGUGUUUGUUGGGGAUUUGAGUCCAGAAAUUACAACAGAAGAUAUCAAAUCAGCAUUUGCCCCCUUUGGUAAAAUAUCGGAUGCCCGGGUAGUUAAAGACAUGGCAACUGGAAAAUCCAAAGGCUAUGGUUUUGUAUCUUUUUAUAACAAACUGGAUGCAGAAAAUGCGAUUGUGCAUAUGGGCGGUCAGUGGUUGGGUGGUCGUCAAAUCCGAACCAAUUGGGCCACACGUAAACCACCUGCACCUAAAAGUACACAAGAAAACAACACUAAGCAGUUGAGAUUUGAAGAUGUAGUAAACCAGUCAAGUCCAAAAAAUUGUACUGUGUACUGUGGAGGAAUUGCGUCUGGGUUAACAGAUCAGCUUAUGAGACAGACAUUCUCACCAUUUGGACAAAUUAUGGAAAUAAGAGUUUUCCCAGAAAAGGGCUAUUCAUUUGUCAGAUUUUCAACCCAUGAAAGUGCAGCCCAUGCCAUUGUUUCGGUGAACGGUACUACGAUUGAAGGACAUGUGGUUAAAUGCUAUUGGGGUAAAGAAUCUCCUGAUAUGACUAAAAACUUCCAACAGGUUGACUAUAGUCAAUGGGGCCAAUGGAGCCAAGUGUAUGGAAACCCACAACAGUAUGGACAGUAUAUGGCAAAUGGGUGGCAAGUACCGCCUUAUGGAGUAUACGGGCAACCAUGGAAUCAACAAGGAUUUGGAGUAGAUCAAUCACCUUCUGCUGCUUGGAUGGGUGGAUUUGGUGCUCAGCCUCCCCAAGGACAAGCUCCUCCCCCUGUAAUACCUCCUCCUAACCAAGCUGGAUAUGGUAUGGCAAGUUACCAAACACAGUGAGCCGGGACUCUAAAAAAAAAUUGUAAUUCAUGAUAGGCUUCGAUUUCCUGUGACACUCUGAAGACAUGAAAGUAGACAUCGGAAAAUGAAAAUAUUUAUUUUAAAAAUUGAAAUGUUUGGAACCUUUAGCACAGAUUUGCUUUGGUGAAGGACACAUGUCUUCUAGUUCUGCCUUUUUAAGUUUUUGUUCAUGAUGGAUAUGAACAUGAUUUUUCUUUGUGUACAAAAACUAAAAUAAAGUCAAUAAAGACAA